GCCCUGCUUCUCAUUCCUUACUUCUCUGCCUUUUCUGCUCUCCUGCUCCUUAGCUUCUUACAAUCACUGCACCUGUAGUUACCUCCCCUGGGCAUACUUUCUUAAUUGACCUUGUAUUUAGCUGUAGUUAUCUGCCCCCUCUACCCUCUCAUUUGUUGAUAACUUCCCUUGGAUAUUACUGCCUAUAUCUGAGCAGAUCCCUUUUGGGCACUGUUGCUCUAACACAGAAACAAUACUCUUUUCACUAUGGUUACCCCGGGGAAUAUUGGUUCCUUCACAGUUUGGGACUAUGUGGUGUUUGCCUUGAUGCUGCUGAUUUCAGCAGUGAUUGGAAUCUAUUAUGCUUUUGCUGGGGGUGGACAGAAGACCUCUAAAGAUUUCCUGAUGGGUGGGAGAAGCAUGACUGCUGUGCCCGUGGCCCUAUCCCUAACUGCCAGCUUUAUGUCAGCAGUUACAGUGCUAGGCACCCCAGCAGAAGUGUACCGCUUUGGAUCCAUGUUCAGCAUAUUUGCCUUCACAUAUGCCAUAGUGGUGGUUAUCAGCUCAGAAGUCUUCCUGCCGGUGUUCUACAGACUGGGCAUCACUAGCACUUAUGAGUACCUAGAACUUCGCUUUAAUAAGUUUGUCCGGCUCCUCGGCACCAUACUUUUCAUCAUACAAACGGUCUUGUACACUGGAAUUGUUAUUUAUGCCCCUGCUUUGGCUUUAAAUCAAGUAACUGGGUUUGACCUGUGGGGUGCUGUUGUUGCCACCGGGGUGGUUUGUACCUUCUACUGUACAAUGGGAGGCCUGAAAGCUGUGGUCUGGACGGACGUGUUCCAAGUUGGAAUCAUGGUGGCUGGCUUUUCUUCUGUAAUCAUAAGAGCAGUUGUGGUCCAGGGUGGCAUUGGUCCUAUUCUGAAUGAUUCUUACUAUGGAGAUAGAUUGAACUUUUGGGAUUUCACUCCUAACCCUCUGCAAAGACAUUCCUUUUGGACAAUUGUAGUUGGAGGAACAUUUACCUGGACAGGAAUCUAUGGAGUAAACCAAUCUCAAGUUCAGAGAUACAUUGCAUGCAAAACCAGAUUCCAAGCUAAGCUGUCUUUGUAUAUAAAUCUUCUGGGACUUUGGGCAAUUCUUGCUUGUGCUGUAUUGAGUGGAUUGGCCAUGUAUUCAAUUUAUAAAGACUGUGAUCCCUGGACUGCCCAGUUUGUGUCUGCCCCAGACCAGCUGAUGCCCUACCUGUCUUUGGAUAUUUUGCGGGAUUACCCAGGGCUCCCAGGGCUCUUUGUUUCAUGCGCUUACAGUGGGACAUUAAGUACUGUCUCCUCUAGCAUAAACGCUUUAGCUGCUGUAACAGUGGAAGAUCUUAUAAAGCCUUACUUCAGAUCCCUCAGUGAAACAAAGAUGUCUUGGAUCUCCAAAGGAACAAGCCUUAUAUAUGGGGCAAUAUGCAUUGCAAUGGCUGGUCUGGCAUCUCUAAUGGGUGGCUUGUUACAGGCAGCUCUGUCUAUAUUUGGCAUGGUUGGGGGUCCUUUGCUGGGCCUGUUUGCCCUAGGCAUCAUCUUCCCAUUUGUAAACUCACUAGGUGCUGUGAUUGGUCUCCUGUCUGGAUUCGCGAUUUCCCUAUGGGUUGGCAUCGGCUCCCAGAUUUAUCCUCCCACUGCAUCCAGUAGCUUACCCAAACCUCUGUCACUUGAGGGCUGCAAUUUCACCAGUUUUGAAAGUAACUGGACUACCACAGUGAUGCCAAUGAUGACAACCUUAAUUCCUGAAGUCAGCAGCAGGCCAGAACUUGCGGAUAGCUGGUACUCGCUAUCAUAUCUGUAUUUCAGUACUCUUGGGACAAUAGUUGCAGUUGUAGUUGGUGUGAUAGCCAGUCUGCUAUCAGGAGGGUUAAAACAAAAUGUAAACCGUGAUUUCCUCUUAACCUCUCAAGACUUUUCCUACUUGAAUGUUCUGUUCUCAAAUUGCAAAAAGAAAGGGGAAGAAAAAGUUGAAGUGUUGAACUGGAAGAUGCGUAGUACAGAUACUGAUAUGGAUCAAGGCACAGAUAACCCCGCAUUCAAUCAUAUGGAAAUGAGCUCAACGGAAAAAAAAGAGAAAAUGAAUGGAAUUAUUGCAUAGUAUUGGUCAAUAUUCUUUACUGUUUUAGUAGAGAGGAAACAUAUGGGGUGGUUAUCAUCAUGUGGACAAGCUGGAAUUUUGCUGCCAAAUUUAAUAUUUUCUAAAGGACAGUCACGUGCAUUAACCUUCCCAAAGGGUUUCAUGAAAACUGAGAAAAAAUGCUUUUACACCUGUUAUUCAUUUUUAGAGAUUAUAUUAAAGGUUUAUAAGGGUCAGAACUGCUUAAGUCCGACAAAACAAGCUGUGCAUGGCUAUAUUUAUUAUUACACUAAAGAGGACUUAAAUCUUGCUUUAUUUUGCUCCCCCUAGCCUUCUAAAGUGGAUGUCCCGCCAAUUUUAAAUAAUAAUUAGAGACCAGUAGAAAAAAUAUGUUUAUGUCUCUAACGACAGUCUUAUGAACAAAGAAUAGACAGUAGUCUUAGAAGGCUUGCAUUACGUGGGCCAGUGGCUCUGCACAGAUGUAAAAAGUUUUAUCAACCAGCUUUUCUUUAAGAAUACAGCCCUUCUCUUAAUAAAUUACAGUUUCCAGCAUGCUUUAGAGAGGGAUUUUGCCUCUAUUAACUUAUAGUAUGUUAUAGAUGGUUACAUUAUUUAUUUUUUAUGACCCUUCCUAUUAUUGUUAUUUGCCUUCUCCUAUUCAUCUGCCAUUCUCCCUACCCUAGGGCUGCCCUGUUGCUAGGAUAAUUAGGCCCUAGCAACUAGAAAUGUCAAGCCUAAGGGGCUGAUUUACUAAUCCACGAAUCCGAAUGAGAAAAAUUUGGAUUGGAAAACGACCAUUUUGCGACUUUUUCGUAUUUUUUGCGAUUUUUUUCGUCGCCGUUACGACUUUCCCGUAAAUUGGCGAGACUUUUUCGUAACCGGUACGACUUGCGUGAAUUGUCGCGACUUUUUCAUAGCCAUAAUAAAUUUCGUGAAUUGUCGCGACUUUUUCAUUGCCAUUAUGCCUUUGGAGAAUUGUCACGACUUUUUCAUUGCCAUUAUGCCUUUGGAGAAUUGUCGCGACUUUUUCAUUGCUAUUACGACUUUCGCGAAUUGUCGCAACUUUCGUAUUGAGAGCUCGAAAAAGUCGUGACAAUUUGCGAAAAAGUCGCAAAGUACCGAUCAUUACGAAAAAAACGCAUUCGGACGCUUUUCAGACGUUCGUGGAUUAGUAAAUGUGCCCCUAAGAGUUGCACAUCAAAAAUGAAGUGACAAAAAACCACAAAAAUAAUAAAUAGAGUAGUUGCAAAUUGUCAUAGAAUACAAAUCUCUACUUCAAACUAAAGGUUCAUUUUUUUAUGAUCUAUAAAACCAAAAAGCUAAGGAAACAAAACUGAGAAAACAACUCUUGUAUGAAAUGAUCCAACCAAUGGCAGAUUUAGAUGAGGGAACUCCAGAUGAUCUUCUGUGCCCCUGUGCAUGCUGUCAUGGAAAAGGAAGUAACAAUAGGACAGAUAGAUGGUGGAGCAGGGAUACAGCCUGGGGCCAAAGCAAAAAUAUUGGAUGUCUCUGAAACCUACAUAUUUAAUUGUCUAAAUAAUUUAACACAAAUAUUAUUAGCUAGAUGACCUUGCACCCCCUUGAUGAGCUCUGGUUAGGCCUUACCUUUAAUGUAUAUACCAUUACACAUCCAGCCUUAGUCUCUACUGAGCUAUACAUGUUUUAUUUGCUCUUUCCAGACUAAGUGCAUCAGCCAUCUAUCUUAUAAUCUCCCAAAGCAGAACAUUCUCAUGUACUGAUCAUCGUACUGGCCAGCUGCUGUAUAAUAUCUAUAUGCAUAUACUGUGUGUAUUGUUGUAUUUUUUUGUUAUUGUUUAUUAAAAUUCAUUUUAUUAUUUGCA